CUAGUUUCGAUACAUUUUUUACAUAGACAACCACACGGAAUUGUUGCUUAAAUUUUACUUAAAUUUAAAAACAAAUUGCUACGUCCUUGCACAAUAUAUUAACGCAGCGACAAAUACAAAUAGUUCUAUUGAAAUGGCCGACGACUGGGAAUCCGCCGCCGACAGUGAAAUUGUCAUACGACCGAAUGCAGCUAACAACAUAAACAAGUGGGAGGGCGAGGACGACGACGAAGAUGUUAAGGAAAGCUGGGAGGAUGAAGAGGAAAAGAAAGAUGAGGAGAAGCCAACGAAAACAGAAGCGCCAGUUAAAACUAAACCCAAUAAGGCGCUAAAAGCGAAAUUGGAGGAGCAGGAGCGCCUUAAAGAAGAGGAGGAACAGAAGCGUUUAGCUGAGAUGACACCCGAAGAAAAAUUAGCGGAAAAGCUGCGCUUACAAAAGAUUCAAGAAGAAUCAGAUCUAAAGAGUGCUCUAGAAACAUUCGGUGUCACAAGUAUAGGCGGUGGACUCGAUGCCUUCAAUCCGGAGAGUAAAGAAGAAUUCAAGGAGUUCGGUGCCACGCUUAGCUGGAAGGUUGCUCAAUAUCGAGAAUCCAUACACUUUCCACAAUUCAUAGAAGAUCUAGUGCGCAGCUUAUGCUGUAACUUGAGCGCUGCUGAUAUUAAGAAGGUCAAAAUGAGUGUGGAGAGCUUGCACUCGGAAAAGCUUAAAAUGGAAAAAGCAGCUGCCAAGAAAUCGGCCAUGAAAGGCAAGGGAAAAGUUUCGUUGCGAACGGAAAAUGAUGAUAUCGAUGGCUAUCAAAAGUAUGGCAAUGAUUUUACCGAUGAUUAUGAUGAUUUUAUGUGAAUAAUAGGAUCGAUAGUUACACGCAUAUAACUAAUUGAAUAUACAUAUAUAGUUGCUUGUUGAUGUCAAAGAAGGAAAGAGGGGGAGAGUUGAGAGAUGUUAAAGAAAAUUGCGCAGGAAUUAAAUGCCCUUUUUUGUUGAUUUUGAGAAUACUGUUUAAAAAGCGCCAUAUUAAUAUAAAUAUAUGUACAUACAUCAAAAAGUUUUUGCAUAUAUAUAUAUUUUUAUGACAACACAGUCAGACACACAUAGACAAACCAAUAUACAUAAAAGCAUGUAAAAAAUACAUAUAUAUUUAAUAGAAUAACUAAAGUCAAGUCAAGCAAGCAAUCAGGAAACCUCAACGAACAUUUUUCACACACACACAUACACGCAGAAUUAAUUAGGUACAUGAAUGGCUUCUUGUAAAUUCACUUUUGUAUAAUACUAUAAAGCGAUAUUAAAUUGUAAAACAAG